AUGGUGAUGGGUGUAACCAGCAGGAUGCUGAGUCUCUAUAACCCCAGAGUCAGAGGUCUCCAGAUGCAAUACGAUUGCUCCUGAGAUCCUUCACUGGUAAAUAAAGCAGCAGCAGUCCAACACAGGACAUCCCAUGGCUACUUUGUCCACAUGCUUUGUGGAGGGAACCAGUUAUAUGAGAAGCGGAGAGGAAGAAGAUGGGAAUAAAGAAGUUAAAGAGGAAGAAAAAGAUAAAUCAGCCGUCCAGACGCAACAAAGACCAGCCUGGGCGCCAUAUGUACACUACAAACCAGACAGAGAGGUGUACCAUUACGUUGGACAGGACAUCGUCAUUGAUGGGGCUCUCGACUCCUAUGCAGGCAUGAUAUGGCCAGGGGCUCUGGCUCUCUGUCAAUACCUGGAAACUCAUUGCGAAGAGUUGAAUCUCGUGGGCAAGGCGGUCCUGGAGAUCGGCGCGGGAACAGGCCUCACGUCUGUUGUAGCGACACUCCUCGGUGCCUGGGUGACAGCCACAGACCUUCCGGAUGUCCUGAACAACCUGAGAGCCAACCUGUUCAGAAACACCAGGGGGCGAUGGAAAUACAUGCCUCAGGUAGCAGCUCUGUCCUGGGGCCAGGACCUGGAGAGCACCUACCCUUCAUCUGUCUACAGGUACGACUACGUGCUGGCAGCUGAUGUGGUCUACCAUCACGAUUUCCAGGACGAGCUGUUGGCCGUCAUGAAGCAUUUCUGCAAACCAGGAACGAGUUUGAUCUGGGCCAACAAGGUCCGGUAUGAGAGCGAUCUGACCUUCACUGAGAACUUUAAAAAGGCUUUUCACACAAAACUGCUGGUCGAAGACGGAGAGAUGAAGAUCUUCAUGGCAACGUGUAGAGAGGAGGGAGAAGGUGAUCAGGAAAUUCAAGAUCUGCUGAAAGAGGAGGAAGAAGGAAAGGAGGAGAAGAAGAGAAAAGAACAACUUGGAGAUGAAAAACACAAGGGCGAUGAGCUUCACUCUGUCAGUACAGAACAAAGUAAAGGAAAAGACAUUGAUGUACGAGAAGAACCUCGUGUGUCAGAGCCUGAAAGAGGAGAUGAUAAGGAAGAUAAAAACAAGCAUGAGUCUGAUGGAGAGGAGGAAAUGGUCCAUAAAGAUGACGACUAUAAAGAGGACAAGAAGGAUGAACCAGAUUUAAGUUGUAGCAGCACAGCCAACGAGGAGGACGCUCCAGGACAAACAAACACAAAAACAGCUGAGCAGCAGGACAGCCCACCAGCCUGGGCUUCCAUCAUCAACAGACGCUUUGGUAGAGACAUCUACCAUUACGUAGGGCACGACAUUGUCAUUCAGGAGUCCAUAGACUCGUACGGAGCAGUGAUGUGGCCAGCAGCGUUGGCUCUGUGCUCCUACCUGGAAAACAACAGGAAUACGGUGAACCUGCAGGGAAAGGAGGUGCUGGAGCUGGGAUCAGGAACUGGACUGGUAACCAUUGUGGCCAGUCUGCUGGGAGCUUCAGUCACAGCUACAGACCUACCUGACGUGUUAAGUAACCUCCAGGCCAACGUGACCAGGAACACCAGGGGGCGCUGCAGACACACACCCAAGGUGGAAAUUCUGUCCUGGGGCCACAACCUGGAGCGCACCUACCCUUCAUCCCUCUACAGGUACGACUAUGUGUUGGCAGCUGACGUGGUCUACCAUCAUGACUUCCUGAACGAGCUCCUGGCCACCAUGAAGCAUUUCUGCACACGAGGAACGACUGUGAUCUGGGCCAAUAAGGUCAGGUUUGAGACUGAUCUGACCUUCACUGAGAACUUUAAAAAGGCUUUUCACACGAGUCUGCUGGCCGAAGACGGAGAGAUGAAGAUCUUCAUGGGAACGUUUCGAGGGUGAGAGACAGAAAAGAUACAGAAGGAUUACUGAAUGGCCCCCACAGGUCAGGGGGGCCCCUUAGUCAGAGCCUCUGUUAAACGUGACUGUUAAUACCACUACUUUUUGGGAAGUUAAAGGGCGAGUACCUGACACUUUUUACUUUUACCUUUGUUAUUUUUUCAAUAUAAACAGCAGCACAGUGCAUGACUGAGCCAAUAUAAUUAGUAGAGCAACUGAAAUUACUUUGACGGUGGAAUAGCUCAGCUUUAACAAAACAAUGCUUCACAGGUUUCCUUUGAUGAUAUCACAUAUUUUGUAUAUUCAUUUGUAAAAUAACAGUGAAGACUUUUGAUCUAUAGUAGCAGAAUGUUGUGGUGAGAGUUUAGAUGGCCACUCUAUCUCGAAUAUUAACAAAAGACUGCAGCUUUUGCAGUGAUGUGGGUGCUGCGCCGGACUGUCAUGGGGAAGAGGGAGCUCUGGGUAGUGACCGCAAGAAUAAGAUUGCGGAUACAAGCGGCCAAAAGACAAGCGUUUCCUCCGUGGGGUGGCUGGGCUCAGCUUUAGAGAUAGGGUAAGGAGCUCAGACAUCCGGAGGGAGCUUGGAGUAGAGCCACUGCUCCUUCGUGUCGAAAGGGGUCAGUUGAGGUGGUUCAGCAUCUGAUCAAGAUGCCUCCUGGGCGCCUCCCAUUAGAGGUGUUCCGGACACAUCCCACUAGUAGGAGGCCACGGGGCAGACCCAGAACAUGCUGGAGGGAUUACAUAUCUCAUCUGGCCUGGGAAUGCCUUGGGGUCCCCCAGGAGGAGCUAGAAGGGGCUGCUGGGGAGAGGGACAUCUGGGGUGCUUUGCUUGGCCUGCUGCCCCUGCAACCCAGCCCCGGAUAAGCAGGUGAAAAUAGGUGGAUGGAUAGAUGAAUCAUCAGAACUGAAGUGUUAUGAUUUACCUGGAAAGGUGCCAAACAACCACAUUUCUCUGUUUAGACCUGGUAUUAACAUGCAUUUUAGGUGAUCCAAUCACAAGUGGACAGCGCUAAAUGCAAGAGUAGACGACCACCCAGACGCACUGUGAUCUUUGGUAGUGUUACCACUAAUGCACCCUGAUGCGUCCCUUACAAGGACUAUACCAUCUGCGCACAUUGUGGUGGUUGUUUUGGUGACAACGCGCUAAAACUCUAUCAGGCAAGAAAUGAAGGCCUUAUGCACUUGUUUCUGUGCCAGUGCUGUCCCGUAUGAGCACAGAGCAAAGCAGUGGCAAUGAGCUGGCCAGUAGGAUACACACAUGCACUGAUAAGCACACGCAGUUUACGACAAUAAAACAAAGAGAAGCUCGGAUUACAACACACACAGAUGACAAUAAUCCACUUUAUCUUUACAUAGCAAAUAGCUGUUUGCUCUUAAUGUUGUAUACAGAACCUUUACAGAUAAAACAGCUCAUUGUUCAUUGAGAAAAUCAUCUGUACAUUUUUUGAUAUAGCAAAGAAUUUAGUCACAGCCCUUUCACUGCGAGUCUGCAUCUGUUAUGAAAUGUCCUGUUUUUGUUGGCAUGUGAAUUGUCUUUUUUAACAUUGUUUAAUAUAGUAAAAACAAUUGAAACGA